GUGCUUUCCUUCCUGUCGACCGAGUCAGUUUAUUUCAGUAAACGCAGAGAGAAUUAUUUCAUUCGAGUUGUCUUCUGAUCAAUCUCUACAAAGCAAAAUGUGUGGAAGAAAGAAAGUUUACGCUUCCGAUCAAGUCGAGAAAGUGCCGGAAGUUGUAGUGAAGUCAAGAGUAUCGUACAACUCUAAAACACAACAACCACAAGUACCUAAUAAAAUGGGUACAAUUACACCUGACACAUGUUGUGUUAAUCUUCGCUUUGAAAUCCCUCAAGACUUGAUGGAUCGUCAAAUACAAAUCUACCGAAACAUAGAAGAAAAACUUCUCUACUUUGGAAUGAUGUCAGAAGAUGGAAGAAAAGAUUUACAAACGGUUCAAGAAGAAAUUGUUCUCGGCUUUUAUUCUCUCUUUCUUAAUCGUGAUCCCCUUCGAAUACCAAUGGAAUACGAAGGCGCUGUUACGAUUAUCAAGAAAUAA